UGUAACGGUCUGAAACCUUGCAGCACCUGCCUCAAACGAAGUUCAAUUUGCCAGUACACCCCGGGUCCCUCCCAUGACGGCGAUACCACCUCCCGUGCUGGAUCGGUAACGAAGCGACGCAACACAGAUGAGCCCUUUGAUCUGAUCGCAAUCGGGUCAAGUAGAAGUAAUUCUACUAUAUCCACGCCGGGACUCGCAUGGAGCAGUCCUAUGGGAGAUUUGCAUUGCGUUGCCACAGAACAGCCCACCCCAACCCAACAAUUCCAUGGCCAAGACAACCCUCCGCCCCCAAGCACACUGGCCACUUCUAACAAGGGAACCGUUGCACUGGGCCAAGAUGACCAUAUUGACAUGUAUGGCGAUGUAAGAAUGUUGGAAGACUCGAAUGGACGACUUUUGUUUGUCGGCAAUUCUUCUACAUUGUCAUACCUACAAUUCAUGAGGAUCAUAGUAGACAAUCCGACAGAGCAAUCAUCCUUUACAGGUGACCCCAUUCGCCAUAAAAUACCGGAAAAUUAUGCGGCUAUACCUUCAGACAUAGAAUCACCUUGGAUUCUUCCAGGGAGAGAAGCAGUGGACGCACUGAUCCAAUUCUUUUUUACCAAUACCAGGGGACUCGUCGAGUUAAUGGAGCGCCGACAUUUGGAAAUGACAAUCAACGCAUACUAUAUGAAUCCCGCCUCUGUACACCCUUCAGACCUUUGCAACAUAUACCUGACGCUUGCGGCCAGCCUGGUAAUGGUGGUUCCCACGCCAGGGACCGAAGCCGAUUUUUUACUUGGCCCAUUUUCAAUAGGAUCCAUUGAACAAGCCGAAGCGCUUUUAAAAAGUGCAAUGUAUUUUGGAGAACAGCUCCCGGAGUUUGCGGAUGGCGAUAUCUGGUCUAUUCAAGCUCACGCUCUUAUAGCCAUGUAUAAGUUCUCGGUGUCAAAGUGGAACGCAGCCUAUGCCUCCAUAGCAAAAGCAGUCAGUUUCGCGGUUGCUCUGGGUUUACACCGGAUAGACGACUACAUUGGCAUAUUCCAAAACCAGGAAUACGCGCUGGCCCAUAGACGGAAUCUUUGGAGAAGCCUAUUCGUUCUCGAUAAGCUGAUCUCAGAGUUCCUUGGCCGGCCUUCGGCAAUUUCGGAGGAGAACUGUUCUCCAACCGCGCUCAUUCCACCGAAGGUACAAGAUGGGCAAAGUGCGAACGAAACCGCGUGUAUGGAGAGCUUCAAUGCAACUGUCAAGUCGUGUCAAGGGAUGGGCAUGAUUCUCAGGGAAAUUUAUGGACAGUCUCGGCGGGUCCCGAUCCAAGCCGGAAAGGAGCUAUUCGACGAAUGUCUUCAUAGAGUGAAGGCGUUGUCUCCAAGACUCUUGGCCAGCCGGCUUUUCAAGGAAUUGUUGCUUCCCGAUGAAGGCAUCGCUGUGUUAUACGUCAACCUCGUCGAGCUGCACUGCCAACUACUUCUGACGAGACCUUAUUUCUUGUUUCUUCUUUUUCAGACACAGAAGGAAGCCUCGAAAACAACGGAGACUACGACUCGCACAAACUCGGAUCUGGGUAUGCUCUCCGAAUCGUGUUUAGCUGUGGCGAAAAGGACACUACACUUGAUGCACGCUGCGUACAUGUCUUCUUGGCUACCUCGGCGGAAUACAUUUAUCCUCAACUUCCUGCUCGCCGCCGGCCUCGUGGUUCACAGCAACGAAUCUUUCGGCCUAUACCGCAACGAACAAUAUAGCGAGCUGGCUAAAAAGGCCACCGAGAUGGCCAACUACUGCGCUGGGUCAGAUGCCCUUGGCAAACGGGUUUCCGACGUGCUGAAUUCCUUUCAUCGUUUUGUCGAGAAACAAAAGUCUUCCGAAUCCUCUACGAGUAUGACGAGAAUACAAAGUCAGGGCCUCAAAAUCCCUUCUUUUCCUGAUACGAAUGUGCCAGAGCUGGAGGCCGCUAGGGGCUUGGUUCCAGGACUCAAGAGGCCUGGUUCCGCAGCCCAACAUCGAGAGACCUUGGGUAGACCCGACGAGGCAACGGCUCCAAUGCAGCGUCGAGGUAGCCAUCUGGACCCUCAUGGUGGCAUGAUGAGCACCUUCAAACUUGAACCCGGCGUUAGUCCUUUGUCUCGUGCGAAUGUCUUGGCAACGGACCAGCCUUGGAACAUCACUCCUCUGCCCAGCAACACGGGCCCGGGCUACCCACCUCUUGUAAAGUCGCGUUCGAUGGCGACACUUCCAAGCCAUGGCCCACCGUACAGAGCCCCAGAAUCAUAUGCCAGACUCCCAGACCGGUCCGGUCUGCAUGACGAGAGGGAUAGGUCCGGGUCUUUUACCAUGAAGGACGGCGAAUAA